AAUGAUGCCGACAAAAUGGCGCACUUCCGGCCAACUGUCACAAUCGUGAGUGUGUUAAUUUUCUCCGUGUAUGAAUUCAGUGGCGCUCACACAUACACUCACAAAUCACCGUGGCAACGAAACACACGCCGCAAAAGCAAGUUUUUUGCCCAUGGAAUUGGGCUUUUGGGCAAUUUUCCCUGUGAAUUCCCGGUGAAAAUGAGGGCAAUACCCAAGUGGGUGGAGAAAAUCCAUGAGCCCAGUGACAAAGCUGACCAUGCCAGCAUCCAUGCCGUUUGUUUCCAUCCCGAGGGACUGCAUGUCAUCGCAGGGGCUGCUGAGAAGAUUCUAGUCUACGAAACCAUCAAUGGCAAUCUCCUUGAAACCCUCCGUGGCCACAAAGAGACCAUCUACACCGUGGCCUAUGCGAGGGAUGGCAAAAAAUUCGCGUCCGGAAGCACAGACAAAAGUGUCAUCAUCUGGACCAAUAAGUUCGAAGGAAUGCUCAAGUAUUCCCACAGUGAUGCCGUCCAGUGCCUCUCCUUCAACCCCGUGUCCCAUCAGCUGGCAUCCUGUGCAAUCUCUGACUUUGCUUUCUGGUCAGCAGAGCAGAAAGCCGUGCAGAAGUACAAAACUCCCGCCAGAAUUAAUUCCUGCGCCUGGACUAAUGAUGGUCAGUACUUGGCACUGGGGCUGGCCAAUGGUUCCGUGAGCAUUAGGAACAAGGCUGGAGAUGAGAAGAACAGGAUUGAUAGGCCCGGAGGGGCAAAUAGUCCCAUCUUCGGUGUUGCUUGGAAUCCUCCAAAUUCCACCAAUUCAGACACUCUGGCCAUUGUAGACUGGUCCAAGACACUGAGUUUCUACUCGCUGGGUGGGCAGCUGGUGGGGAAAGAGCGCAAUCUGGGAUUCGAUCCGCUCUGCGUGAGUUUCUUUCCGGACGGAGAAUUCCUCGUGGUGGCCGGAUGCAACAAACAGAUGCAGCUCUUCACGCGGGAAGGAGUCAAGUUGGGGAGUUUGGGGGAGAUGCAUGAGUCAUGGAUCUGGUCAGUGGCCAUUCAUCCUCAAGGAGGAUCAAUUAUCGUUGGAUCUCAGGAUGGCACCUUGGCGUGCUACACAAUUGCCUACAGUACAGUUCAUGCUCUCUAUCGCGAAAGAUAUGCUUUCCGGGAGAAUAUGUGUGAUGUCAUAAUCCAGCACUUGGUAUCUGGUCAGAAGGUUCGCAUCAAGUGCCGAGAUCUUGUCCACAAAAUUGCCAUAUAUCGAAAUCGUUUGGCUGUUCAGCUUCCGGAGAGAGUUGUUCUCUAUGAACUGAAUUCAGCUGAGAACCAACCAAUGCACUAUCGCGUGAAAGAGAAGAUUGGGAAGAAGUUUGAGUGUAGUCUGUUGGUGGUGUGUGCCCAGAACAUUGUUCUGUGUCACGAGAAGAAACUGCAGAGUUUGGACUUUGCGGGAGUCCUGCAGAGAGAAUGGAAUAUGGACAGUUUUAUUAGGUAUAUCAAAGUAACUGGAGGUCCUCCGGGGCACGAGGGAUUGCUUCUGGGACUGAAGAGUGGGGAAGUGUGGAGGAUAUUUUUGAAUAAUACCCUGCCCAUUCUUGUGACAACUGUUCUAUCGUCUGUACGGUGUCUCGAUCUCAAUUCCACGAGGAGCAAACUCGCUGUUGUUGAUGAUGCUGGGAGAUUGGUGGUGAGAGAUCUCACCACAGAUACCCUCCUGUAUCAAGAUUCAGGGGUGAAUUCAGUUGCCUGGAAUACUCAUCUGGAAUCCAUGCUGUGCUAUUCCCAUACGGCUGGAGGAUUGAGUAUUCGCGUUGGGAAUCUCCCACCGAGGAAUCCUCAGAAUUUACUGGGAGUUGUGGUUGGACUCACAGGAUCCACGGCCUUUUGUCUACGUGGGAAUGUCAUGAGUAAUGUUCCACUGGCUCUGGGAGCGACGAUGUGGCAGUUUGUUGAGGCGAAUCUCUUUGAGGAAGCUUAUCAAGUGGCUUGUCUUGGAGUUCCUUUGACGGAUUGGGAAGGUCUUGCUCAAGCUGCCCUGGAGAAUUUGCAGCUGGACGUAGCACGUGAUGCUUAUGUGAAGGUAAGAAAUCUCCCUUGGUUGAAUUUGAUUCAGGAGCUGAGGGAGAAGCAGAAACGCGGGGAUGUGUCCAAGGAAGUCCUCCAGGCGGAUAUCCUAGCGUUUGGGGGGCGUUUCAAGGAGGCAGCUAGGCUGUAUCAGAAGAGUGGACAGAGUUCCAAAGCAUUAGCUAUGUACAGUGAUCUCCGGAUGUUUGAUCUGGCACAGGAGUUCCUCAAGGAGGGAGAUUCAGCUGACAAGAGAGAAUUGGUUCGAAGAAGAGCCGAAUGGGCUUGUUCGGUGCAUGAACCGAGAGCAGCUGCUGAGUUACUCCUAGCAGCUGGAGAAUCCGAGAGAGCCAUAGAGAUUGUGGCUGAACAGGGAUGGUCGGAUGUCUUGUUGGACAUUGGACGGAGACUGGGAUCGUCAGAGAAGAAGAGUCUAAAUCUCGUGGCCAGUCACUUGAGGCGCCUGAAAGCGCUCCCGUUGGCUGCAGAGAUCUACCGGAAACUCGGUGAAGAGGCUCAAGUUGUGCAGCUUCAUGUGGAAGCUAGAGAUUGGCCAGAAGCCUUUCGGCUGGCUGAGCAUUUGCCCCAAGUUCUGCCAUCAGUUCAUCUGCAGCAUGCCCAAUGGCUGGCAGAAUCUGAUGAAUUCAUAGCAGCUCAUCGAGCGUUUGUGCUUGCCGGAAAGCCCAAAGAAGCCACAAAGUUGCUCAGGGAUCUGGCAGAAUGUUCGAUCAGUGAGGAGAGAUUUGCAGAUGCUGGCUACUACAUCUGGCUGAGAGCUAAGCAAAUUUUGCAGUUGCUGGAUUUGCAGACGGACAAUGUGCAGGAGAAGAUCUCAGAGUUUCAGUCACUGAUGCGUCUGGCAACCAUUUACUACGCCUACAGCACACUCCACAGCUACCUCAGAGAACCCUUUACCAGCAAUCCACCACUCACGCUCUUCAACACCAGCCGCUUCGUGGCCAAUCAGAUUGAGAAGGGAAUCCCGCCAAAAGGCAUCAGCAUGUUCGCUGUACUGUACACACUGUCUAAGCAAGCCAAAGUCCUUGGGGCCAAGAAGCUCCAUCUUCAGGUCAACAAUCGCCUUCAGACGCUAAAGGCACCUCCCGGAAUCCAGGAGCAAGUUGACUCGACUUAUUUAUCAAGUCGAGCCUCUUCUGGCUUCAAUGAUCCGGAGGAAUUGUUGCCAAUGUGCUACAAGUGUUCCAACUACAGCUCCCACCUUCAGGGAAAUAUCUGUCCGAGCUGCCAACAGCCAUAUGUUUUUUCUUUUGUGUCAUUCGAAAUUCUGCCCCUGGUGGAAUUUCAUCUGGAGUCUGAUAUCUCAGACUCUGAGGCUGAGCGUCUCCUGUUGGCUCCUCCGCGUGUCAACGAGAAUCAUCCGGAUCCCUUCACGGAUACAAUGAUUCACGAGGAUCUGACGGAGGCUUUUCCCGUGGCGCUCGAUAGAGAGUCCCUGAGAGCCAUGGACUCAAGAUCGGUGUUGAUUGCCAAGUGGCCAGAGCCGCUUAGAACGAGAUUCUACAGAAAUCUUCUGCCUGAGCUGCAAAUAACUAUCUGCCCUGAAUGUUUCCAAGCCUUCCACACGGAAGACUUUGAACUGCAGGUGCUUCAGAAGGGUUACUGCCCAUUCUGUCGAGCUUCAGCAGAUAGUCUCUUCAAUAGCUAAAGCACCCAGUGUAACCCUCAAUUCUCAGGAGAAACUACAUAUCUCUAUGUUUUUUUUUUGUUAAAAAAAUUAUUAGUACAUGAAAUUGUGAUUUAGUCCGUCCACAAUUAGAAUGCAUGAACAAAAAUAAAGUCCGGAAAAAUUAGUGAA